AAGAAGAAGAAGAAGAAGAAGAAGAAGAAGAGAAGCCCGGCUGCCAAGGGAGGCUGGUAGUCAGUGGUCUAGACAUGUCAGAGAACUGACAGCAAUGCUAACUUGGUCGCAGUAGUUAGGGAGUUAUUAAAAAAAGUGCCUGGAAGCUUAAAGGAGGGAUUUUAACGCACGAAACCUCGCCAGGCGGCAUGUGUAGAGGGUUGGCAGACUGGUAAAACGUUACGGAUCCCGGACCUUUGAUAUCUGACAAACGCUGGUUAGCUAGCAUUAGCUGGCUAGCUGGGGAGCUCCUGAAAAGUAACGCCAGGGCUUGUUUCAUAUUUCAUACCGUCAUGUCUGCGGCCGGAGACUUCGGAAACCCUUUAAGAAAAUUUAAAUUGGUCUUUCUCGGGGAACAGAGUGUGGGAAAGACUUCUCUGAUCACCAGGUUCAUGUAUGACAGCUUCGACAACACUUACCAAGCCACAAUAGGAAUAGAUUUCCUGUCGAAAACCAUGUACCUUGAAGAUCGAACAAUCAGGUUGCAGUUGUGGGACACGGCAGGGCAAGAGCGGUUUCGUAGCCUCAUCCCAAGUUACAUCAGAGACUCUGCUGCUGCUGUCGUAGUGUACGACAUCACAAACGUCAACUCCUUCCAGCAAACCACAAAAUGGAUUGAUGAUGUGAGAACGGAGAGAGGAAGUGAUGUCAUUAUCAUGUUGGUGGGAAACAAGACAGACCUUGCAGACAAAAGACAGAUAACCACAGAGGAGGGAGAACAGAGAGCGAAAGAGAUGAAUGUUCUGUUUAUUGAAACGAGUGCAAAGACAGGCUACAAUGUCAAACAGCUUUUCCGUCGCGUGGCAGCCGCCCUCCCUGGCAUGGAUAACACGCAGGACAAGAGUAGAGAGGACAUGAUUGACAUUAAGCUGGAGAAGCCACCAGAGCUACCUGUCAGUGACGGAGGCUGUUCCUGCUAAUGCCGGCUUAUGUCAUUACUAAAUAUUUCUCUUACUGGCUUUUUCUCAAACCCACUCGGUUUUUCUGUAUCUGUACCCUCCACUGCACUGCGCCUCUGUUCCCAGCCUGAAAAAGAACACUACAGCCGUUAUCCUUUUGCCAUUGUGGAAAGCUGCUCUCUCAUCAGGGAGCUCUGAAAGUCAUAAAUCACUUAAAUUGAAUAUUUCUAUUGCAACACAUACGUUGAAACAGCUGUUGUCUGUCAUUUCAAACAGACAAUCCUAUUGCUGUGGGUCUCUAAAGAGGUCUCUGAACCAAACGGAAAUAAUGAAAAUGUGUAUUUUAAAACAUUAAAUCAAAGUAUGUGUUUAAGAGUGAGAAUAUUCUUUUAAAAAGUACAAUAUUGCUUUAAGCCUAAUAAGCAUAAUGUGGAUGUUGUGUGCAUUUGUCCGUUAACAUAACGUGUGCUGUUGCAAUUGAUUGGCAAUGAUUCAUACAUGAUUUGUGCUUAAAAAACAACAACCGUUCAAACGGUCUGGAAUGAUUGUGGAGAAGGUUGCAAAGUUGUGUUGAAGUAAAUCAUUUGGACCCUCUCUCUGUUGACACGUAUACUGUACACCCAGGAUGUAGCUGAAGCUGGACGUGGCAGGAAUGAGCUUCUUUUAAACGGAGUGUGUGCUUUGUGCUUUGUGCUGCCUGUACCAGCAGAGUCCCAGUUCUCCUGACAUGUACCAGCAGGAUCUGACAAGUCAAUACACGGUCACACACCACUGCAUGGUCUUAGACCAGCACAAACACAUGACCCCUACUACAAGAGCAACACUAGUACUACGUCAUCCACGUUACCGUCCUUCCUCUCUUCCCACGUUUGUCCCUUUGAGAUUUGUUGUUUUUACCUUGGCUUCCAUUUUCUAUUACCUUUUUAUUUGAAUAGAUCUUUAAUUAUUUUUUCUAAGGACUACAGCUAUGAUAGAUUAAAACUAUUUCUAUGAAGAUAGUGUUUGAGAAGGAUUUUCUCAUAUAUUAAGCAUCAUAAUCAUAAAACCCACUGUAAACAUUAGAUAUGGAGAUGUAUGCCUUUGGGAGUUUAUUGUAGAGUGCUUCCUUGGCUUUGGGUUUAUUUAGUUAAGUUUGGUAUGUUUUAUGAACACUUUAAAGACUAGUGAUUAUUCUACAUGUGUGUUUAAUCCACAAUGAGUUGUAAUAUUUAUUUCUAUUGGAUUUGUGUUUUGUUUUUUUAUCGCUGUUAAUAUCUUUACUUUUGGUAUAAGAGUCCUCAAUCGCUAAUAAAAUAUGCAUCCAUCUGGACCACCUUUAACAGAAUCAGUAGAGAGCCUCUGCUGUUCCCUCUGUCACCUCUAAAUGGCAAUUUGAUCAUACUGAUAAAACAGUGCAAUUGUUGUGUGAACUUAUGGAGGAGAGUCCGAUUUGAAUAGCAUAGUAGUCCUUAACGUUUGUCUGGAAUUGUGUUAAAUGAAAGAAUAAAGAUACACUUGUCACCGCUGCUGGAA